CCCCCCCCCCCCCCCCCCCCCCCUCACUGUACGGCCCUCAGCGGAUCCAGCGGUAGCAAGUGCGCCCUUUGGAAGCCCAGCAGCCUCAAGCCACGCUCUGCCUUCUGUCUUGUGGGAUCAAAGGUGACAAGAAUAGCGGAGCAGAGAAGUUAAGAAUGAUGCAGAGAACACAGAUGUGAAGAACAAAGGAGAGAGGAAGGAGCUGAGCCUGGUGCAGAGGGGGAGAGGAGAAGAAGCAGCCUAAAUGCAACUCCGUCCCGGCUGGGUGACAAUGCCUGUCGAAAGGAUGCGGAUGCGCCCCUGGCUGGAAGAGCAGAUCAACUCUAACACGAUACCGGGGCUGAAAUGGCUAAAUAAGGAGAAGAAGAUUUUUCAGAUUCCCUGGAUGCAUGCCGCGAGACAUGGGUGGGAUGUUGAAAAAGAUGCUCCCUUAUUUAGAAACUGGGCAAUUCACACAGGGAAAUACCAGUCAGGAGUAGAUAAACCCGAUCCAAAGACAUGGAAGGCCAACUUCCGUUGUGCUAUGAACUCUCUGCCUGACAUAGAAGAAGUGAAGGACAAAAGUAUAAAGAAAGGAAACAACGCCUUCAGGGUGUACCGGAUGCUGCCGUUAUCGGAAAGACCUUCCAAAAAAGGAAAAAAAACGAAGUCCGAGAAGGAUGAUAAAUUUAAACAAAUUAAGCAAGAGCCAGUUGAAUCAUCUUUUGGGAUUAAUGGGCUAAAUGAUGUCACUUCUGACUAUUUCCUGUCCUCCAGUAUAAAAAAUGAAGUUGACAGUACAGUGAACUUUGUAGUUGUAGGACAGCCGCACCUUGAUGGCAGCAGCGAGGAGCAGGUGAUAGUUGCCAAUCCUCCUGACGUUUGCCAGGUAGUAGAGGUGACAACAGAAAGCGACGAACAGCCCCUCAGCAUGAGCCAUCUGUACCCCCUACAGAUCUCCCCCGUCUCAUCCUAUGCAGAAAGUGAAACGACUGACAGCGUUCCAAGUGAUGAAGAAAAUGCAGAGGGACGACUUCACUGGCAGAAGAAAAACAUUGAAGGCAAACAGUAUCUCAGCAAUCUGGGAAUGAGGAACACUUCUCAUAUGCUUCCCAGCAUGGCGACUUUUGUAGCCAACAAGCCUGACCUCCAAGUCACCAUCAAAGAGGAAAGCUGCCCACUGCCUUACAACAGCUCCUGGCCCCCUUUCCCAGACAUCCCUCUGCCACAAGUAGCGUCCACAGCCUCCACGAGCAGCAGCCGGCCGGACCGCGAGACGCGGGCCAGCGUCAUCAAGAAAACAUCAGACAUCACCCAGUCAAGAGUCAAGAGCUGCUAAGCCUUUCGAUGGCGUGGUUUUGUUGGGUUUUUAUUUUUUUUUUUAGCUUUGUUUUGUUUGGGUUUGUAUUUUUUACGUUUCUCUAGGAGAGGUUCAUCCCUUGACGCACACGAGACAAAUCUAAGGUAAAAAAGCCUUGGCAAUAUUAUAAAAAAAAAAACAAAAAAACAAAACAUUGCUGUGUCCGACUCCGGUGCCAGGAGUGUUUUUUUAACUCAGGACUCCAGCCGUCAGUACGAACACCUGAACCCAGGCGGAUUUCCAAGGUUGCUGUGUAGGAAAUAAAACAACCCCAAGAACUUUGGCCCACUCGCAGGUUCCAGUGUUUCCAAAAGAGGACCAACCGACCACGAGGGAAGUGGUGCUGCUGCGCUUCUUGCUGUCAAGGCUGUGAUGGAACUGAAAGCCUCGGAAUGGAAGAGAAAAUGUGAACUAGCUGGAAUAUUUUUAAAUAAAGAAAAAAAAAAAGUCUAUUGUGAAUAUUGUACAUAGUGCAGUACUAGCAACGUUGCAGUCUGCUUCUGCACCUUAUUAAGAAAGCACUUAUGAAAAGGCCUUUUAUUACCUUGCUCUACUUAAUGGCACAUUGAAGGUCCCUCCCCACCUGUAUUCUUUUCCAAGGCUAUUCUUGCUAACGUGUCUUUUAAAGAAUAGAGGAAAGGAAAGGAAGUUAAAACUUCCCAUGUGGAUUUCAUACGUUUUAUGACUGCUUUUUCUCAUGUUUGUUUCUAAUCUGCUAUGCUUGAAUGCCGCGUGGUACAAUAGGAAAAAAAAAAAAAAAGAAGAAACCUAUUACAGAGAUAUUAUGCAAAUUCCCAGAUUUAAAAGAAGAAGAAAAAUACUCUAAUUCUAACCAGAGCAAGCUUUUUUAUUUUUUAUACAGGGGAAUAUUUUAUUCAAAGUAAAAUUCUAAAGUGAAUAUAAUUUUUUUUAAUCUUUUCUACAGCAAAUUUAUAAUUUUAAGAUUCAGUCCUUGGUUAUCAGCAGUUAUUACAUCCUUGUGGCACAUUUUUUUUUUUUUUAAAUUUUGUAAAGGUGAAAUAGCUUUUAUGAGCUCAUGUAGCAAUCAGAUUAUCCUGUGGAUUGAUAAUAAAUAUGGUAUAUAGUUAAAUUUU